AGAAGAACGGAGAGGGGGACAGAGGGAGAACGCGAAGGCUGCAUCGGAGCAGAAGACACAGGAGCCGAAGACAGUUGCAGACUUCUUUCAAUAUCGGUCAUCGAAGAUCCGGCCGUGAGAAUCGUCCGGGGGGACCGCGAUCCCAAGCUGCUCGCGCACUGCUCCAGCGAUGGUAAGGGCCAUCAGAGAGUCUAUUCCCACGGCAGACAGAUCGUCGGCUGCCAGGAGCUCCUCAACGUCGAUUCCGAGCUCUCGCGCGAUGAGCGAGCGCAGAUGAGAUGUCUUGUCGGUCGGUUCCGUGUCCCGGACACUGGACAAGGACUCGGGAUCAUCCGUUUGCGGAGUCAGAAUCGACUCCGACGACGGCGUCGAGUCUCUGCUACUUGGACCGGUCAACGUGGAGAAGUAAUGCUGGAGAUCAUGAAUCGUUGA